AUGUCGUGCACCUUUGCCGCAGAUAGGGCCUUUGGUCCUGCGGUAUCUUCUUGCAGAAGGGUAUUCGAUUUUACCUUAUUCUUCGAGGAGCUUUUUUUCGCCCUACUUCCUUCUAGCUUGCUUCUGAUUGGAUCUGCCGUUCGCCUCUCUGUGUUGGUCCAAAGGCCGGUGCUAGGCACUCGAAGUCUUUUGUAUUUCCUGAAGUUGGUUGCUGCUACCAUAUUUGCCGUGCUUGAGCUUCUUGCGCUCGUCUUCAUCAGUACUGAUCAUGGCGAAACGACGCACAUUUCUAUUCCUGCGGCCGUUUUAUCGUUCCUCGCUUCACUGGCUAUCUUAUGGCAGUUCUUGAAAAUGGUGGGAAAACAGCAAACUUCCACCGAAGCGCAUACCGAGAAAAGAUCCAAAGAAGAGACUGCUGGAUUUGUCAGUCGGAGCCUAUUUAUAUGGCUUAAUCUCCUGCUCUGGACGGGUUAUCGACGUGCACUGACCGCGCUGGAUCUACAGCCAAUUGAUCCAAAUUUAUAUUCAUCACGGUUAAGCGUGAGAUUUGCGUCAAUAUCCGCCUUGAGCGCCACGUCCUCUUUCGGUCUGCCUGGUCGGACUUUAUUGUCACUGGGCCGUUACCUUCUUUUUCCGAUUUUUCCUCGACUGUGUCUAACAGGGUUUACUUUUGCUCAGCCAUUUAUCACUACUGCUCUUAUCCGGUACCUAUCGGACAGUACGGAAUCUAAGAAUGAUGGAUAUGGAUUGAUGGGGGCUUCGCUGCUUGUCUACGGAGGCAUUGCGGUCUCAAACAGUCGGUACUCCCACCUGACGUACAAGUCGAUCACUAUCAUUCGAGGCGGCUUGGUGGAUGCGGUCUUUGAUAAAGUGUUACGUCUUCGCGAAGACAAGGAAAUGGAGUCCAGAGCCUUGACUCUCACCAUCAAUGACGUGCAGCGCAUUUCCUCAUCAUUGACAUAUCUACACGAGCUAUGGGCCGGAUUACUAGAAACAGGACUAGCUACCUGGCUGCUGUGGCGACAAGUAGGCCCCUCAUGCUUGACUGUACUUGGGUUAGCAUUAGUGAGUACUGCAAUAUCCACAUACAUCGGUAAGUCAACGGGCAAGCAGCAACAGAAAUGGAUGGCAGCUACAGAGAAGAGAAUAGCAACCACCAGAAAAAUGUUAUCCUCUCUUAAAGCAAUAAAAACGACAGGGUCCGAGCAGCGAGUCAGCUCUACGAUUCAAACACUUCGAGUUAGAGAGUUUGCUGCGUCAAAGAUGUUUCGGGCGCUUCUGGUUGGCAGUGUUCUGUCAUCCUAUACUACAUUGACACUAUCCCCUGUUUUUGUAUUCGGCGCAUACAUUGGAACCAUGUUGUCUUAUCAGCAAAAUCUGGAUCCCUCGAGGCUUUUUAGCUCUUUGAUCCUCAUCAGCCUCUUAGCAACGCCAUUGAUCCGUAUUCUGCAGAUGCUUCCUUCUUUAGGCGCCGCGAAGGGUUGUUUUGAGCGUCUAGACACAUUUCUUCAGAGACCAGAGAGAUCGGAUUUUCGACAGAUUCCUCCCACCGCUGUAUGUUCCGAUGGAGUGACCGCGGGGGCUAAUAUAAUAACUGAGAAAGGCCUCCAUCAGUCCAAACCGUCACAGGAUAUUGCGGUUUCGAUCAAGAAUGCCGACUUUGGCUGGACCACCGAAGCAUAUCUACAUGAUGUAUCCUUGAAAGUAUUGAAGGGUGACCACGUAGUUAUCACUGGUGGUACAGGCUCUGGAAAAUCGCUCUUGAUGAAAGCAUUAUUGGGUGAAGUCGAAUUCAUGGCUGGUACUGUACGUGUUAGCAGUGCUCGCAUUGGUUACUGUGGUCAAAGUAUUUGGCUGGAAAACGCCUUGAUGCUUGACAAUGCAUUUCGUUGUGCAUCCGAUAGCGAAGAGUGGCGUCACAAAAUUCUUGAUGCUUGUGCUUUGACCGAGUUGCUAAAUACAUCCGACUCUGGUGAGACAAUUGGUAGUGGAGGGAUCUGUUUAAGUGGCGGCGAGCGCCAGAGACUGGGAUUGGCCAGGACUAUUGCACAACGGCCUGAUAUUAUCAUUCUCGAUGAUGUCUUUAGCGCUUUAGACAAAAAGACGGUUAAGCAUAUUCGAGAACGACUAUUUGGGCCCAAUGGGCUUUUACGCUUACUUCAAGUUACUAUUAUUGAGACCACUCAAGACCAACGCUGGGCGACAAUGGCAGACCAAGUCUUCCGGAUUGACAAGUCUGGUGGCCUUUCCCAAUGCGAACGCGACGUUGCGGUUGUUGAAACGAUGUCUAGCAAAGGAGAUAUCGAAGCCGGAGAAACGGUGAUUACUAAUACUAUCAAUGUACGUCAAACCAAGCCGGCGAGAAUCGACUCUUCCGAAGAGGCCUCCCGUGUAAAGGAUCGGACUGUAUAUCGCACCUACUUCGGCGCAAUUGGACUCAAAAACCUUUCUGUCUUCGUUUUAUUUGGUCUGGCGUUUGCGUUCUGUAUAAAAUUUCCCGAUAUCUGGGCACAAUGGUGGUCUGAAGAUGACCAGUCGUCACAGAAGGUUGGCUACUGGCUUGGUAUGUAUGCCAUGCUCCAGACUUUGCCGCUUAUCAUGUUAUGUAUAUGGUUGGGACAUCUUCUUCUGCAAAUUGUCCCUUCUUCCGGCGUAGGGCUUCAUCUGCAAUUAUUAAAAACGGUCUUGAAUGCAACAUUUCGUUUCGUCAGUAGCACAGAUAGUGGGGACUUGCUUAAUCGAUUCAACCAAGACCUUAUGAUGAUCGACAUGUCUUUACCACUGAAUCUUUUCAACACUAUUGCGGAACUUUUGACUUGCGUGAUUCAAGUCGUGCUGGUGGCGGUGGCGGCAGUCUAUGCUCUGGCUGUCCUGCCGGCUUUAACAACUGCUCUAUAUCUUAUUCAGCAUUUCUACCUCCGUACAUCAAAACAGCUUCGGCAGCACGAAUUGCAGUCAAAAGCGAGUUUACAGACAAAGCUCAUGGAGACUUGCGCAGGCCUUGUAACGAUCCGCGCUCACCAAUGGCAGAGCACUUUCAGGAGCGAGUUUCGUGAGCAUCUCGAUAGGUCACAAGAACCGAUCUACCUACUUUACGCAGUACAGUGCUGGCUACAGCUUACUUUGGAUCUUGUUGUGACGGCUCUAUCCGUGACUGUGGUGGGUGUGGCCUUGGGGAUCAAAGACAAAACCAGUCUCGGGGCUAUCGGCGUGGCAUUCCUAAACUUGACUACACUUGGACAAACUAUGACAAAUUUACUGACGUCGUGGACCUCACUGGAGGUUUCUCUUGGAGCCAUUGCCCGAAUCGAGGAGUUUAAAAAACACACUCCGCAGGAGACAGAUACAACAUCUCAGAUUGACGUGCCUUUGUCUUGGCCUGAAUCAGGCGAGAUUAAAUUUGAAGAUACCAGCUCUAGUUAUGCGUCAGCCGUGGAGCAGUCCAGUUGGAACAUAGAUGGCAUCAAUUUGACCAUUCAUCCAGGAGAGAAGGUUGCCAUCUGCGGCCGCAGUGGUUCCGGGAAAUCUACGUUGAUACUUACGUUGCUUUCGCUCAUGGAAAAUCGGAAAGGAACCAUCAUGAUUGAUGAUAUCGACAUUUCUCGCCUCAAACCAUCCCUUCUACGAUCACGAUUCCAUGUGAUUUCACAAGAUACUUAUAUUCAUGGCGAUACCGUUCGAGAUCCAUUUGAUCCAAAGGGCACUUCGAGCAAUGAUAAAAUUUGGUCCACUCUCGAAGAUUGCUCACUUAAACAGAAGAUCGAAACAUCGGGUGGCCUUGACACCCCUUUAACAGACAUAUCGCUUUCUGCGGGUGAGAUGCAAUUGUUUGCGCUGGCUCGGACGAUUCUCAACGCAGAACAGAGCCCUGGUGGUAUUGUUCUCUUUGAUGAAGCUACAAGCAGUAUUGAUGUCGAAACCGAGACCAAGAUCAUGCGCUUGAUCAGGGAGAGACUGAAAGAAAAAACCGUCCUUUCCAUUUUACAUCGACUAGAAACGGCUUUAGAAUAUGAUAGAGUGUUGGUCAUGGACCAGGGUAGAGUUAUUCAUUCAGGAACCCCCGGGGAGGUAGUACUGGAGGCAGAUCUUUUCUCUGCGUUGAGGGGUCAGAGUGGGAUGUGA